GAGUGACGCUCGCGAGGAGGGUGGAGGUUGCAGCCCUGCCCGCCCUUGGCUCUGUACGAGUCUAGCCUCCCCAGGCGUCCUCCCUUUCCCUGCCCCGCCCCGGCCAGAGCUCGCUGCUGCGCUGCCGGGACUUCGCCAGCGGAGCUCGGGGCAGCUGCCGGGCAGGGCUCGGCGUCGCGCCAGACCCCGCUCCAGGGAAGGGAGCGAACUUGUGUGCGAGGCCGAGUCGGUACAAAGGAGGGAGGGGGGGGGACAAAACUUGCGGGAGGAUGACAGUGGAGAACCAGGACGUGCUGCUGGAAGUGGAGGAGGAGGAGGAGGAAGAGGAUGGGGAGGUUGGAUGCUACUUUGCACCGUUCAUGUGAUGUUAACUACAGGUGAACCAAUCCGUAUCUCUUUCUGCUCAUGCCUGCCAGUCUUGGAAGAAGUGGAACAGACCAUUGUUCCCAGCUAUGGAACAGUGCCAGAUCAGCAAAAGCUUCAUACCUCAGAGUGGGCAGAGUUUGAUCAAAAACCUGACUCCUUGUUCUUUAACGAUGGCCAACGAAGAAUUGACUUUGUUUUGGUGUAUGAAGAUGAGAACAAAAAUGAGAAUCGCAAGAAGAGUGUGAAUAAAAAGCAAAUGAGGAAGAGGCGCGCAUAUGAGUCUAAUCUGAUAAGCAAUGGCUUGCAACUUGAAGCAACAAGAUCGGUCUUAGAUGAAAAGCUUAUUUUUGUAAAAGUGCACGCACCUUGGGAAGUGCUAUGCACAUAUGCCGAGGUUAUGCACAUCAAAUUGCCGCUGAAGCCCAAUGACCUGAAAACCCGAGAUUCAGCUUUCAACUGGUUUAGUAGACUCUUCCGAGUGGAUGAAAAUAUCAUCACACCAGAGCAAGAGUUUUUCACUGCCCCAUUUGAAAAGGCCCGUUUGUCUGAUUUUUACAUUCAAGACAAAGACAUCUUCUUCAACCCAGCAACCAGAAGCAGAAUUGUUCAUUUUAUUCUUUCCCGUGUGGAAUAUGCAGUAAGAGACAAUGUGAAAAAGUUUGGUAUUAACAAACUCCUGGACUCUGGGAUCUACAAGGCAGCAUUUCCUCUUCAUGAUUCUAGAUUCAAUCACCGGUCAGAGGACCCCAACUGCCCUAAUGAACGGUAUCUUCUUUACAAGGAAUGGGCUCACCCCCGAAGUAUUUACAAACUGCAGCCAUUGGAUCUUGUCAGGAAAUAUUAUGGAGAGAAAACUGGAAUAUAUUUUGCUUGGCUUGGUUUUUACACUCAAAUGCUGAGCGUGGCAGCAGUAGUAGGACUUGCCUGUUUUUUGUAUGGAUACAUAACAAAGGACAACUGCACAUGGAGCCAAGAAGUGUGUGAUCCCAACAUCGGUGGCAACAUCAUAAUGUGCCCGCAGUGUGAUCAGGAAUGCACAUACUGGAACCUCACUAUUACCUGUGAAUCCUCUAAGAAACUGUGUAUAUUCGAUAGCUUCGGAACACUAAUAUUUGCAGUAUUUAUGGGAGUAUGGGUUACUUUGUUUCUGGAGUUUUGGAAGCGACGGCAGGCUGAACUGGAAUAUGAAUGGGACACUGUUGAAUUUUUAGAGCAGGAAGAACAUGUACGUCCAGAAUACGAAGCACGAUGCAUUCAUGUAGUAACAAAUGAAAUCACACAGCAAGAAGAGCACGUGCCAUACACUGCCUGUGGAAAGUGUGUACGGAUCACCUUCUGUAUAAGUGCAGUCUUCUUCUGGAUUCUUUUGAUCAUUGCGUCAGUUAUUGGCAUCAUCGUCUACAGACUCUCUGUUUUCCUUGUGUUUUCUGCAAAGCUGCCACGGCACAUUAAUGGAACAGAAGCAAUUCAGAAGUACCUGACUCCCCAGGCAGCCACUUCAGUAACUGCUUCAAUCAUUAGUUUUAUAAUCAUCAUGAUUUUGAACAUCAUCUAUGAAAAAGUGGCAAUCAUGAUUACUGACUUUGAACUACCAAGGACGCAGACUGAUUAUGAAAACAGUCUGACCAUGAAGAUGUUCUUAUUCCAGUUUGUCAACUAUUAUUCUUCAUGUUUCUACAUUGCAUUCUUUAAGGGUAAAUUUGUAAGAUUCCCUGGAGACCCAGUUUAUUGGUUAGGAAAAUACAGAAAUGAAGAGUGUGAUCCGGGCGGAUGUCUCCUUGAACUUACAACGCAGCUAACAAUAAUAAUGGGAGGUAAAGCAAUUUGGAAUAACAUUCAAGAAGUGCUUCUUCCCUGGGUUAAGAAUCUAAUCGGAAGAUGUUGCUCAGCUGCUAGAUCAGAAAAGACUAUUCCACGCUGGGAACAGGACUACCAUCUGCAACCCGUUGGAAAACUUGGAUUGUUUUAUGAGUAUCUGGAAAUGGUUAUACAGUUUGGAUUUGUCACUUUAUUUGUGGCAUCAUUCCCGCUGGCUCCUCUUCUGGCUCUUGUUAAUAAUUUGUUGGAAAUACGAGUUGACGCCUGGAAGAUUACAACCCAGUUCAGACGCAUGGUGCCACAGAAAGCACAAGAUAUAGGAGCAUGGCAGCCAAUCAUGCAAGGAAUAGCAAUUCUGGCAGUGGUGACCAAUGCAAUGAUAAUUGCUUUUACAUCUGACAUGAUUCCUCGUUUGGUUUAUUACUGGUCCUUUUCAGUCCCUCCCUAUGGGGAUCACAGCAGUUACACCAUGAAGGGGUAUAUCAACAAUACGCUUUCUGUCUUCAAUAUAUCAGACUUCAAAAAUGAAAGCAAACCAGUUCCACUUCCUUGGUUUGGCAACCAAACAACAUGCAGAUAUCGUGAUUUCCGAUACCCUCCUGGGCACCAAUAUCAGUAUGAACACAACAUAUAUUACUGGCAUGUGAUUGCAGCCAAGUUGUCUUUCAUCAUUGUCAUGGAGCAUGUCAUAUACUGUGUGAAGUUUAUUGUUUCAUACGUAAUUCCGGAUGUAUCACAAAAGACGAAGAGCAAGAUCAAACGAGAGAAAUACUUAACACAGACACUCCUGCAUGAGAAUCAUCUCAAAGUUGUGGAAAAAAAAAUGGGGAAAAUAGCUGACAGAAUCUGGAAAGAAGCAGACAGCACUUUCCGACCUAAAUAUGACUAAGAAUUUUACACAGAGACAGUACUUAACUGGCUUAGUACUGGUUACUAAUGGCUAAUCAAAAUAUUACUGAUGUCUAAUCAAAAGUUGGGGAUUUAACUCCCUUUAGCAAAUAGUUUCUUGUAACUCUUGCCUAUGUCUGGAACAUCAUUGUACAUCAUUGGCUAUAAAGGCAAGGAUUGGAAAAUACAAAACCACGAAACCCAGUAGGGCACUGGAAAAAGUGAAAUGAAGUCUUUAAUAGUUGUAGCCGGACAGAAAAAAAAAGUCACACCGUUUUCUGUAGACUGUUGUCUCAUAAGAAGGGGCAGAUUCAUUCUGAAAUGCAGCACAGCACCUUCCACUUCAUUCAGCCAUUGGUUAUUUCAUCUGCUGUUCAAUUUGCACAAACCCUCAGAAACCAAAUCAUUUGUAUUAAAAACAACACAGCUGCCAUUGAAUGAGUUGUGAUCACUUGAAGCGGCUGUCACUGGAUAAUUCAAUCACUAGCUAUAUAAUUAAGCUCAGAGGAAAAGACAAACUCAGAAAGAGACAGAAGAAGAAAAGAUGACAAGAACUAAACAUUAGGAUGUUCAGCCAUUGCUGUUGCCAUGAUAAGCCUGCUAUGUGCCUUACAAGCUGAGAAAUGCGCAGUGGGGAUUAUACAGAUAACAAGAUAUUUCAAUCAACGUGGUAAGAAUGGACCUGAAUCACAAUGAGAGGAAGCACUGUAAGCCUGAUUCUCCUUUCACUGAUACCUGCGUAAGGUAAGUGGUGAUUCCCCGCCUUCUUACAGCAGUAUGAGUGAAAGGAGAAUCAGGGCAUGUGUCUUUACCCAGUUGAUGUACAUUAAGUAGUUCAUUUUGCCCAUUCUGUGUAGAACCUGUAUGCUCUCGGAGGCUUCUUACCUGUAACAGGAGUGAGAAUUUAAAUUCUUGUCACACAUUAGAUCAGUAUGCACAGAGGGCUCACUUUUGUAUUUCUUUCACAACCAAAACUCCAUUCACUUCAGUGGUAGUUUUCAGUGUGCAAGGAAUGCAGGGUUGGACCUACUGUUGGACCGCAAUUCAAUCCAUCACAAAAUAGCAUGUGUCAACACAGUAGCCAGGAGGUGUGAUUUCCAGCAUGGGUAGACAGACACAUGCUAGCUCUGCUCGAGUUAGCAGAUUAAAAAGAGCAGUGUGGCCACAGUAGCUGAGGCUACCCAGGAGGUUGGGCAGCUAGCCUGAGCCACUCCCAGUACCACAGUCAUCAAUGAGCAUCAUGCAAAAAAAAUCCAUGUUAACCUUAAAGACUCCUUUACAGUACAAUGGUGGUGGGGAAAUAUUUACCUAAUGAAAAAGGUCAAAAUCCAGAGGGAAAGGAGGAGAGACCAGCCUGAGAUGGGACUGUGAUUUGGCCUAUGUAAAUAACCUCACAACACUUAUCACCCAUUUUAUAGAUGGGGAAACUGUGGCACAGAGCAGUUAAGUGCCUUUCCUAUGGUCACACAGUGAUCCGUGGCAGAGCUGGGAUUAAUAUGCAGGAGCUCCUGGUCCCCAGUGACCUAUUCAAUCCACUGGACCUCAUCCCUGUAUACCCAAGGGCAUGUACUAUCUCUUCCUUUUGCUGUCAUCUAGCAUUAUUCUCUUGAACAUAGUAGUCUUAAUCCACAUCUGGCAAUUAUUCCUCCUUCAAGAUAACAUUAUGCGCACAGUUCAGAAUUACACAUAGUGAAAAGUAUGGUGCCUUAAAGAUUAUCUUAAAUAAAAAAAUACUUAACAUUCUGUGCAGUUUACAUAGACUUUAUCUCUACCUGCUAAAGAUGGGAUUACUAGGCCUCUCAGAACUUUUGAAGCAUAAGAAUGAAACAAUCAGGAGGAGAAAAACAACAGUAUUUGUAACUCCUUUAGAAACUAGGUUACUCGGAGAAUAUUUCACUAGCCUUUUAAAGGGAAAAUUAGAAUCUGCUUGAAAAUAUAGAUAGCUUUUUCGCUUUUGACGCUGCAGAUCACAAACUGUGACAUCAUCAUCCACUGUGGGCCAAAAUCAUCUUUGGUAUAAAUUCAGUGAAGUCAGACCUGCAAAGAGCUCUGUGUAAGCUCGAAAGCUUGUCUCUCUCACCAACAGAAGUUGGUUCAGUAAAAGAUAUUAUCCACCCACCUUGUCUCUCUAAUAGGCUAUUUGAGCAACUUUAUAAACUACAUAACAAUACCAAUAUUUGUAAGGUUCUUCAGAAGUUGAUAUGAUUUGAUGCAUAAAAAUAUGCAUUUUGUAUUUUUUGCUAAGAACAUUUGCUAUUAAUUUCUGAACAUUAAGAUAUUUCUUUAUAUUUAUCAUUUUAAUAAAAUUUAUUUUAAAAUGCA